AAUGGUGACGUUGUAAACAAGCUAGCACUCAGUGUAUCUCUAUAGCAACAAAGGGCACAUUCCAUGGUGUCGCUUUCCCCGGUCAUUGUGCAGCCAUAUUGAAUACAGCACCGAAGGAAAAUUAUUGCUCCAGAAAACGUGGUAAAAAUGGAUUUUAAGCUCGGAAUGUAACGCUGAAUUCUACUUUCUCUAAAGAGGAACGAUAUGGUUGACUCGAUGGUUGAUACAAUUUCAAGAAAGUCUAAUUUACAGGCGUCGAGGACGCGGUCCUUGACGCAGGGAGACACAGCUACCACGGCUCUCUACCCGCACCACGGACAUGGCUCGCACGUCGAGCUCCCCCCGAUCAAGAGCCACACACUCGGGGCUGUCAAGAAAACCAACGAAAAUGUCCCAGCCGGUUUGCAGGUUACCCAGCUCUUUGAAACAGACGAUAAUCAUAACUAUAAAAGGCAAGUGCAAAAUAAAGUGAUAGCGAAUGGUCAUUUAUCACAUGAUGCAAAUGCUCUGCCUGAUGUCAAACGUCCUGCAAGUGAUGGAUCGAAAAAUGGAUCUGCUAAAGGAAGAGCGCUACCAAUGACACCAGAAGAAAGCAUGAAAUUGUACAUGCACAAACUCACUUCAUAUGAACAUCAUGAAAUAUUUAACUACCCACAUAUUUAUUUUGUUGGACCGAAUGCAAAGAAACGGCAAGGAGUAAUUGGUGGAGCGAACAAUUGUGGAUAUGAUGAUGAUCAAGGUUCAUACAUCCAUGUGCAACAUGAUCAUGUCGCGUAUCGUUAUGAAGUGUUGAAAAUACUUGGAAAAGGUAGCUUUGGACAAGUUGUGAAAGUUUAUGAUCAUAAGACAAAUCAGCAUGUUGCUGUGAAAAUGGUGCGCAAUGAAAAACGUUUCCAUCGUCAAGCCCAGGAAGAAAUUAGAAUCUUGGAACACUUACGUAAACAAGACAAAGACAAUAAUAUGAAUCUCAUUCACAUGUUUGAGAGCUUCUCAUUCCGCAAUCACAUAUGCAUCACAUUUGAACUUCUAAGCAUGAACUUGUAUGAACUCAUCAAGAAAAACAAGUUCCAGGGUUUCAGUCUACAACUUGUCCGGAAGUUUGCUCACUCUCUUCUUCAGUGCCUUGAAGGACUUCACCGAAAUAAGAUUAUUCAUUGUGAUCUUAAACCAGAGAACAUACUGCUAAAACAACAGGGAAGGAGUGGAAUCAAAGUGAUUGAUUUUGGUUCCAGCUGCUAUGAGCAUCAACGAAUCUACACAUACAUCCAGAGCCGCUUCUAUAGAGCGCCAGAGGUUAUCUUAGGAGGAAAAUAUGGCAUGCCCAUUGACAUGUGGAGCUUAGGCUGCAUCUUGGCCGAGCUUCUUACAGGUUACCCGCUGCUGCCUGGUGAAGAUGAGGGUGAUCAGUUGGCCUGCAUGAUUGAACUCAUGGGCAUGCCCUCACAGAAUCUCAUUGACACAUCAAAGAGAUCCAAGAACUUCAUCAACUCCAAAGGUCAGCCACGUUAUUGUACUGUUACUACACUUCCUGAUGGAACUACAGUGCUUAACGGUGGCCGAUCUCGUAGAGGGAAGGUGCGUGGUCCACCAGGAAGCAAGGAUCUUGUGAAGGCACUGAAAGGAUGUGAUGAUCCGCUCUUUCUUGAUUUCCUGAAACGAUGUCUCGAGUGGGAUCCAUCAAGUCGUAUGACUCCAAGUCAAGCCCUCCGUCACUCUUGGCUUCGUCGCCGUCUACCAAAGCCACCUGCAGAUAGUCAUACAAACACCACCUCGGCCAAAAAUAAACGUCAUGGCUCUUCUGCAGUGUCUAAGCUUCCUCCAACUGGUGCAGCUGGUAAAGACAGGCAAGAUGUAUCGCAACGGACUGUUCUACCAAAAAUAGUAACAUAGUGUCACACAUAUCCUGCCUGAUGCUGAAAAGAGGUUGGAUUGGUCCUCUUUCUGAAAUGAAGAAAUGGGAUUCCUUGCUUUGGAAGGAUAAAGCAAGUAACAAUCUAGCCAUAAUUUGCUGUGUGUGUCACCUCAGUGCCACAAGUGGUUUACAGUGUCUAGAUAAAAGUUAUAUGCAUCUGAUCCUUGCAGAUAUUUUGUUGAAUUUGAUGCCUUACAUGUACAUGUAUCUUGAGCUUUGGUGACUGCAGGUGCAGCUGAGCUACAUUUCCAGCAUAGGUUACAUGUAGGUUCAAAUGAUUUAUUGUUGCUAAUUGAAUUGGUGCCAAAACCAGUGUAUUUGUUUACUUACUAUUGGUGUGGAGGGUGGAGAUAUUUAAUGAACAUUUGACUGAAGCAUUUAAAUCAAACUCUAUUACCUCAUACAAAGAGA